UAAUCCACUUCUAGGCACGAGCAGCCUCAAGGUUUGCAUGCCCAACAGUAUGUCGCGUUCAUGCUCGGAGGAGUCCACCAUACCAUCAGCUAGAAUACAUUGGCCAUAGCUUUGGAACUUCAUACCAGGAUCAUGACGAUCUCCGAGAAAGUAUACACCUGAGACUUCAGUGUCAACCAGGGGAUUGAGAAAAAAUUUCUACUAGAGGAGAGGGAGCCUCUUUUACAUGCGGGACACACCAGAGCGACGCAGUUCGGGCCCCAGUGGCAGAUCUUCCACAUGCUCGUGACUUAUUCAAUGAUCCUGAGUCUCCUAUCUGGGGGACAGGUGAUAGCUUCGUAUUUACACAUGUUUUCACCCUAGUUUCUUAAAAUAUUUUGGCUCGAAUUUAUGGCUCAUUGGCCUAUUUUUUGCUAGGUUGUGCUAUUUUGUCACAUUUCAAGUCCUAACGAGUAAAGGGAGGCAAUGGCGCAAGUUUCAGAUCAUUCGGAGGUCAUUUGGUCAUUCAAAUGCCUCUCAAACGUGGAGCUGAGGAAGAAAUACGGGCAGCCUUCCCUAAAGCACGAUCGUGUUUCACCAACGACUUGCUCGUGUUUUUAUUAACAAGGCUAGCUCCUGAAGAAUGCUGAAGGAAAGCAAAGCACAGGCAGGCGAAGACUAAAAUACCGCAGUGCUUCUCAAAAUUCUGUCGGUGCUUCUCAAAAUAUCGUCGGUGCUUUUCAAAAUAAUGUCGGUGUUUUACCUAGAAACGACGGUGGAUUUCUCCUACCCAACUUAAGCAAAACGCAUGUUUUGGUCAAAGCACGAUCGGAGGAGAAGCACAACCGUGCUCUUGCCCGUAUUUUUCCCAAUAUCAGGGUAAAUAGGAAAAUUCAAGCGAAAGGUAGGGGAUUGGACUUUUGGAGCAAAAAAAAAAACUAGAGAGAGAAAGUGACAAAAAACAAACACUAGGAGCUAUUUGGAGUGGAUUUCUCACCAUUGAAGCCCAUAUUACAUUUCCAGGAGUGACGAUUGACAUCCCAUAGCAUAUUAUUCCCAUCUUUAUGAUUAUGAUUGCCUUGAUUUAUGUUUCCUCUCUCUCUAUGGAGUAGACUUUUCUCUCAAUUGGGUAUGAAGAACCCUAGUUCCAUGUGUUAGGAAUCCUGCUUGUAAUGACUUUUGGGAUGAUAUACGCAUUGGUUUUAAUCGAUUGAAGUGUGUUUAUUGAAUCAAUUGAAUCUUGAUCAAUUUCUCUUGAUUUAUGCUUCAACCUGUGAUAGAUAUAAUCUAUUUAGGUUGUUAGAGCUUCUUCAAUCGAUAGGAGUGAAUUGAUUGUACGAGAGUCAGUCAAUUCGUUGUUUUGUACUGGAAUCUGUUUCCAGUAGUGGAGUUCUGUGUGAAUUGCCUUAUCAUUCUAUCCUGGUGAAAGUUAUUCAUCCGCCAGAUAGUCUGUCUAAAAGGGCUUGAUCAGCUUGAGAGAAUCAACCAAUGCCAAUUUCAAAUUGAACCUAAUUAAGGAGCUAGGGGGACUCAUUCUCGAGUGACUCUUCUCUUGCUUUAGAAAACCGAACAACUUACUACUUUCUUUCUGCUUUAGUUUUAAUUCACCUACACUCAAUCUUUCCCGCUAGAUAAUAGAUAAUCACGGAGUAGGCCGCACAUCUAGGCCCUAGGUUGACAUUUAUUACUUGUCCCACUAUACUGCAUCUCCAUUUUGCGAUUAUACUUGGUCGUAGUUUGGUGUUGUGUCGUAGCCUGUCAAUAGGUCACUCACCACGGGAUGGUGGCCUUACACACUAUGGGACGACCUCGAGAGCCACUUCACUUGGGUUCUGUGGUGGUGACUUCCUUAUCACAGAUUUUGGGUUGUCCUAUGAAGUACAGGAUGCACCUUGGCCCAAUCAUCACCCGACUCGCUGUUACUUACGGGUGGAUCUCACUCACUACAGGGAGGUGGGAAGGGCAGAUUUCUUCCCGGUGGGGACACUCCAUGAUAUGCUGUUGCUUUGAUUUGAGCGAAGAAUCGAGUACAUCGAUGGCCUCUGACAUGUGGUGGAGCAGGCACCAAAGCCUGAGCCAGCCCAGAGAGAACCACCACCAUCACGCUGCUGUGUCCAUCAUAGGGCCUCUUCAUCAUCAGUUGGAGUCGGCCCAUCUUCUUCUUCAGUUGGUUUGGGGGCACGAGUCAUUGCCCUUGAAGGCCAGUUUGUUGGGGUAUCCUCCUAGCUUGCUCGAGAGCGAGAAGCUAGGCGACAUUCCCACUACCUAGUGGAGGAGCUUGCACGUGCUCAGGGGAUUGAGGUUCGACAUCCCGAGUAUCAACCCUGAUACAACCCUGGUGGGUGUAUGUUUAUCAAAGUCACGCAGCAACACGAUCAAUCCGAAGAUUUAUUGAACUCGUAUAAGGAACAACGCGUUCUUAAUACGAAAAUUGAAUAAAACGGAAACAAAAGG